AUGAGACUCACCACCCUUCUCGUCGGCCUCGCUGCCAUCAUCCCCUUAUCCAUGGCCGAAGAACUUGAUGCCGACGAUGUCCCCUCAACAUGCAGGACGAUCUGCCAGCCCAUCGUCGACCUAAGCAACGCAUGCGACAUCGACCCCAAAGAAAACAAAACAAAAGAUAAAAGAGGCGAUUUUCUACUUGUGGCAAGAAGCAAGGCUGAAGAGGCUAUCGAGGCAAACUGCAUCUGCACAAACAAGAGCUUCGAUGUAGCUUCUGUAAUGGCCUUGUGCGAAAGCUGCAUGGUGCAAAACAGUGAUGAUGCAAAAGAUGUACAAAAGAUGAUGAAGCAAUGCGAUUUCACAUCCGCUUCGUAUGUGAGCGCAGCAACGAGUGUCGUCUCUGGUAUUUCGGUCGAGGCGACGAAGCCGGCUUCGACAGAUAUCCCUGCCAGCACAAGUAUCCCUCGGAGUACUGCUACAGAUGCAGCAGUUUCUGCUACUGAGACGGCUGGGAGCAAUGCUGGGAAGAUUGUGGUUUCUAUCAUGGCUGUUACAUGGGCCAAUUUUAUGUUGGCGUUUUUAUUGUAA